AGUCCGUCGAAGAGUUUCUUCCAAAGCUGUUUUUAUUUGAUCUACAUUUAGUUUGCUGCUUCGUAUUUGGGAACUUGCCUCAAGCUGCAGCGAACAAAAAGGACUUUUGGCAAAAAAGUGGUUGAGGGUUUUUGGGGCAAAAAGGAGAUCCACUACGAAAAAUGACCUCAGUCGACGCUCUAGCAAGCACGUUCCAAAAAGUGCUGCAGAUAUCUGAAAGCGGACAUGUAGAACAGCUCAUGCAAGCCCUUCCAGACCUCAUCCCACACGAUGACGAUACACGCGCAUUCCUCGCAGAACGAGAGGACAUUAUCUCAUUCCUCCAACGCUUGUUGGAUACAGCCGCAACAAACUCCAACACAGCUGACGUGCCAAAGUACAAAAAGCUCGGUGCGGUGGUGGCGCAAUUGAUUGCCGAAGCGGCCAAAGUAGAGGACACGCGCGACCCAAUUGCCGACGCUGGGACCAUCCCCACACUCAUACAGUUGUUAAAGAUUGGCAACGCGCCCAUGGGAAAGGGCGUGCAAGGGGAUACCCUGGACGAUGACCUUGUUGUACAGUCUUUGAGAGCCUUGGCGAAUCUAUGCUACGACCAUGAUGGAAAUAGAGAACGGGUCCUGGAAGUCCAAGAUGGCAUUCCUGAAAUUGUAGCUUGUCUCAAUUCACCGAGCAAACGUGUGAUGAUUACAACCUGUGGAGCUUUGACAAAUAUCACUAUGGACAAUGAACCUGUUCAGAUUGAAGCACUGAAUGCCCAUGUCCUUUCACCGCUGCUCAAAGCACUUCAAGGGAACAUAGAUGAGCCGUUUGAGCAAGGUGUCAAAGGCGCGGUGAGCACCGCGGUUAUUCGCGUUAUGAGUAAUUUGUUGGAGACAGAAACGGGUAUUCAAGAACUACUGGCAGCGGACGGACUGUCCCUUCUCCUCCGAUUGUUGAAGUACAAACACGACAAGGUUUUGCAUCACACCAGCGCAGGGACACGAUACGAGAGCGCUGUGGAGGUCUUGGACGCUUUGACGACAGUUUUGGAAUCCAUCGGCGAGAAUGACACCAUUCAACGUGCGAUUGUUUCUCAGGACUUGCUUGACAUCCUUUUGGACUUUGUUGAUCGACGUCCGGAAGGCGUUGCAGUAGCCAAGACUGGGGAGGAUCUUGCCACCUAUACCGAGAUACGGAAGACUGUUUCUCGAAUUGUAACAUUGGUUACAAUGAAUGAUGCAAACAUGGUGGAUCUACCCAAAAAGCGUGAAAUUAUCGACCGAUUCAAACAGUGGAUGACGAACGGGUUUGCACCGUUGGAUACGGCAGAAGAAGACGAAAUUAGAAUGUCCGGAGCGCUUUGUAUUGGGAAUUUGGCACGAAGCGAUGAGACAUGUGUGUCCUUGGUCCAAGAACAUGAUGUGGCACGGGCUCUUUUGAACCUACUUGCUUUGGAAGUGUCGAGGGUGAAGCAGUCGGGAACUGAGCUGAAAAGCACUGUCAAGGUCCUGCAUGCGGUGAUGGGAUCUUUGAAAAACCUCUCCUUGGCUGCCGCCAAUCGACCAAUCAUGGGAGCUAUGGGUGUCAUUCCUAAAGUCGCGGAUCUAUUGGAGAUACCGAAUAUCAAACCUGUUCAAUAUGGCGCUACUGGGGUACUGAAGAAUCUGUGUUCCGGAGAUAACGAGGCCAAUGUAUACCGUAUCAUUUCUGGUCAGGAACCACCAGGAGGAAUCAAUCUUUCGCAAUGCAGCGUGCCAUCAGCAGGACCGAAAACUCCGCUGGGAAAGGUAAUCACCCUGGUUUGGACGGCGACGGGGGACAAUGAUACCGGAAUCAGGAACGAGGGGGGACGACUUUUGGUCAAUCUCAUUCGAGCUUGUCAUCGGGGCCGCGCACCCCACCUUCUCAAGACAAUUGUGGACGCCAACGCAAUCCCACCCUUGAUCCAAAUCAUUACUGGAGCACUCUUGACCAGAUCGCGUACGUCAUCCGACGAAGGCACCGACGUCCCUGAAGAUGAACACCAUGUGCAUUUUGAUGCUAUGCCUUUGGAGGGUCAAGUAUUUCCCAUGGUGCAGAAUGAGGGCAUUGUGGCGCUGAUCCUUGUUGCGGAUGCGUACCCGGAAGCAAUACCGCGCAUCACACGGUACUCUGCAUCCCUAAUACCAACAUUGAUCGACAUCCUCAGGAGUGGAAUCCAAGGAAUUGAGACAGCAAAGGAUGCACAGGAAUAUGAGUACGCGGAUGAAGCGAAAGCCAACGUUUGCGUAUUGCUGCAAUCGCUCAUCAGUCGUGAUGAUGACUUUGCGAAACGCCUUCAACAAACCGCACUUAAAGAAAUUCUUACAAGCCUUCACAAAUCGAGUAAAGCCCAUCCUUCCGUCCCCCACCCCGCACCUCCCACCCUCCCAGCCCACCCGCGCUCCCCACCUAUGGACAUUGGGCGAACAGGAACAAAAUCUGCCAGAAAUCUGGCAAGCCAAGGCCCUACGCGCAGUGAAUUGCUUGCGAGCUUUGGGAGUGGACGACAGGUUGCUGUUGACGAGGGAUUAGGGUUGCGGGAGGCAGUAGGGAACUUGCUGUUGGGUCUUUGAGGAUUUUUGAAUGGGCGGUUUUUUCUUUUGUUUUGCUUAUUUUGUUUGUUGUGCUGCUGAUUUAUUUCAAUGGAAUUUGAAUAGGAUGAUGAUGCUGAUAGCACUUUUUGUAAAGGGAGAAUGAUGAAGACAAGCAAAUAUCUGUCGCAAAGGAUGCUUGUAAUCACG